AUGAACGCAGCCGUCAGAGCCGUGACCCGUAUGGGCAUCUAUGUCGGAGCCAAGGUCUUCCUUAUCUGUGAGGGCUAUGAGGGCCUUGUGGAAGGAGGCGAGCACAUCAAGCAGGCCAACUGGCUCAGUGUCUCCAACAUCAUCCAGCUGGGCGGCACAGUCAUUGGCAGUGCACGGUGCAAGGCCUUCACCACUCGGGAGGGCCGCCGGGCCGCAGCCUACAACCUGGUGCAGCGUGGCAUCACCAACUUGUGCGUCAUCGGUGGGGACGGCAGCCUCACCGGCGCCAACAUCUUCCGCAGCGAGUGGGGCAGCCUGCUGGCCGAACUGGUGAAGGAAGGUAAGAUCUCCGAGAACACAGCACAGACCUACUCCCACCUCAACAUUGCCGGGCUGGUGGGCUCUAUCGACAAUGACUUCUGUGGCACUGACAUGACCAUCGGCACCGACUCGGCCCUGCACCGCAUCAUGGAGGUCAUCGACGCCAUCACCACCACCGCCCAGAGCCACCAGAGGACGUUCGUGCUAGAGGUGAUGGGACGUCACUGCGGGUACCUGGCCCUGGUGUCUGCACUGGCUUCCGGGGCUGACUGGCUGUUCAUCCCGGAGGCCCCCCCGGAGGACGGCUGGGAGAACUUCAUGUGCGAGCGCCUGGGUGUGACGCGGAGCCGAGGGUCCCGGCUGAACAUCAUCAUCAUCGCCGAGGGCGCCAUGGACCGCCACGGGAAGCCCAUCACGUCCAAAUAUGUGAAGGAUCUGGUGGUCCAGCGACUGGGCUUUGACACCCGCGUGACGGUGCUGGGCCACGUGCAGAGGGGAGGAACCCCUUCGGCGUUUGACCGUGUUUUGAGCAGCAAGAUGGGCAUGGAAGCAGUGAUGGCCCUGCUGGAAGCCACGCCCGACACGCCGGCCUGCGUGGUCAGCCUCUCUGGGAACCAAUCCGUGCGCCUGCCCCUCAUGGAGUGUGUGCAGAUGACCAAGGAGGUGCAGAAGGCCAUGGACGAGAAGCGCUUCGACGAGGCCAUCCAGCUCCGGGGCAGGAGCUUCGAGAACAACUGGAACAUUUACAAGCUCCUUGCACAUCAGAAAGUCUCCAAGGAGAAGACCAGCUUCUCCCUGGCCAUCCUGAACGUGGGCGCCCCAGCAGCUGGCAUGAACGCGGCCGUGCGCUCAGCCGUGCGCUGCGCCAUCUGCCAGGGCCACACGGUCUACGUCGUGCACGACGGCUUUGAGGGCCUGGCCAACGGGCAGGUACAGGAGGUGGGCUGGCAUGAUGUGGCCGGAUGGCUGGGGCGUGGUGGCUCCAUGCUGGGGACCAAGAGGACCCUUCCCAAGUCCUACAUGGAGAAGAUCGUCGAGAACAUCCGCACCUACAACAUCCACGCCCUGCUGGUCAUUGGCGGCUUUGAGGCCUACGAGGGCGUGCUACAGCUGGUGGAGGCACGCGGGCACUACGAGGAGCUCUGCAUUGUCAUGUGUGUCAUCCCGGCCACCAUCAGCAACAACGUGCCUGGCACCGACUUCAGCCUGGGCUCCGACACAGCUGUCAAUGCCGCCAUGGAGAGCUGUGACCGCAUCAAGCAGUCAGCGUCAGGGACCAAGCGCCGUGUGUUCGUGGUGGAGACCAUGGGAGGCUACUGCGGCUACCUGGCCACUGUGACGGGCAUCGCCGUGGGCGCCGACGCAGCUUACGUCUUCGAGGACCCAUUCAAUAUCCAAGACCUAAAGGCCAACGUGGAACACAUGACGGAGAAGAUGAAGACCGAGAUCCAGAGGGGCCUGGUGCUUAGAUGUGGCCCCCCUGGAACACGACCUCGGCCCCUCUCCUUGCAGGGUGGCGCACCCACCCCCUUUGACCGUAACUAUGGCACCAAGCUGGGGAUGAAGGCUAUGCUGUGGAUGUCAGAGAAGCUGCAGAUGGUCUACCGCAAGGGGCGGGUGUUUGCCAAUACCCCUGACUCGGCCUGUGUGAUUGGCCUGAAGAAGAAGGCAGUGGCCUUCAGCCCUGUCACUGAGCUCAAGAAGGACACGGAUUUUGAGCACCGCAUGCCACGGGAGCAGUGGUGGCUGAACCUUCGGCUCAUGCUGAAGAUGCUGGCACACUACCGUAUCAGCAUGGCUGACUAUGUGUCUGGGGAGCUGGAGCACGUCACCCGCAGCACCCUGAGCAUCGAGACCGGUUUCUGAGUUGUGCCGGAUCCCCCUCCUCGACCCUGCCUAUUCCGCUCCGAGUAUGCAGUGCCAAGCCUGGAGGUGGAGGGGCCUGGAGGCUGGGGUCCAGCUGGCGGGGGUUGGUAGGUGCCUGCUUCUGCCCUGCUGCGGCCAGCCUUCCUUGGCAGGCAGGUCUGAGACCAGCCCUGGCCUCCCUUCCUUACUGUGCAUGGACCAAACCCCUCGGCCCCGCCCUCCCGCCCGGGUCUGCUCACAAGCUUGACAUAAACCCGCCACCUCUGAGAGGGACUGUUAACUUGUGGACCUCAGUGUGACCCUGCUACAGCCACUCGGGCUGACCAGCCCUUGCCACCUUUUCUAUAAAUAAAAUCGUCUCCACUA